AGCAGCAGCAGCAGCGGCCAUGGACGACGAGGAGGAGACGUACCGGCUAUGGAAGAUCCGCAAGACCAUCAUGCAGCUGUGCCAUGACCGUGGCUACCUGGUGACCCAGGACGAGCUGGACCAGACGCUGGAUGAAUUCAAGGCGCAGUUUGGGGACAAGCCGAGUGAGGGGCGCCCGCGGCGCACGGACCUCACAGUGUUGGUGGCUCACAACGACGACCCCACGGACCAGAUGUUCGUCUUCUUCCCAGAGGAGCCCAAGGUGGGUAUCAAGACCAUCAAGGUUUAUUGCCAACGCAUGCAGGAGGAGAACAUCACCCGAGCACUCAUCGUGGUCCAGCAGGGCAUGACGCCCUCAGCCAAGCAGUCCCUGGUUGACAUGGCCCCAAAGUACGUCCUGGAGCAGUUUCUGCAGCAGGAGCUGCUUAUCAACAUCACGGAGCACGAGCUGGUUCCUGAGCACGUGGUCAUGACCAAGGAGGAGGUGACGGAGCUGCUGGCCCGAUAUAAGCUCCGGGAGAACCAGCUGCCAAGGAUCCAGGCUGGGGACCCUGUGGCGCGCUACUUCGGGAUAAAGCGGGGACGGGUGGUGAAGAUCAUCCGGCCCAGCGAGACGGCUGGCAGGUACAUCACCUACCGCCUCGUCCAGUAGCUACACCGAGACAAGAUGGGGUUCCCCACUGUGCACGCCUGAGUCCUGUAUGAUCCCUGGAUGGCACUUCAGGAGGGGCCUGGAACAGCACCGUCUAUCCUCCCACUGCUGGGGGACCCUGAUGCUUGAGCAAGCAGGACAGAAGAAUGCAUCGAGGCUUUGGGGAACCCUGAAAUAAGUGGGGUUCAGAGAUCCUGGGGCAUGGGUACAGCUCACCUCCCUCCCCUUUCUUGGUGGGGUAUGAACUUCUGUCCAUCUCCCUACACUCCCUUUCUGGGGUCAGAGUUGAGGUCCCCUGGGCUCUCAAGAGGAGGGGGCUAGGGUGCAGGAAGCUGUCUGCUUGUUCCUCACUGGCUGGUGCAGUUCC